GUCUUCUCAACUCAGAAAGCCUUAUCUACAACACUUAGGCUCUUGUGCUUCAACAAAACACUUCAACAACUGUAUCAAUCAAGAAAUGCAAAUUUCAGUAUGCAAUUCUUGGUCUUCACUACAAUCACUUAGACUAUUUAACUUCCCAAAACGCCUUCUCUUGAGCCAGCCAGUCUGUUCUGAUGAUGGAACUAAUCAUAUUGUUUUGUCUUCUCAGUGCAAUAACAUUUCCACUCAAAGAAACUGUAUUGAGGAGUUGGUUGAAGUCAAAUCUUUUAAUCCUAUAACAAAGAGGCAGAUGUUGCUCACCAGUUGUUUCAUGUAUUUGUGGUAUCAUCCUUCAAGGUACUUAUCAGCUCAAGCUUUAGGGGAUCCCUCUGUGACAAUAGAGCAAGUAACUCCUCCUGUUUUUCCAUCUGGAGCACUCUUCCCCACUGAGGAAAGAAUUGUCCAACUGUUUGAGAAGAAUACAUAUUCUGUUGUUAACAUAUUUGAUGCCACAUUGCGGCCCCAACUAAAAUUAACCGGUGUUGUUGAGAUUCCUGAAGGCAAUGGUUCUGGGGUAGUCUGGGAUGGACUGGGACACAUUGUCACAAACUAUCAUGUGAUAGGAAAUGCUCUUUCAAGAAACCCAGGCCAGGGCCAAGUUGUUGCACGAGUUAAUGUUUUAGCCGCGGAAGGGGUGCAAAAGAAUUUCGAGGGUAAGUUGGUCGGUGCUGACCGCGCGAAGGAUCUCGCUGUCUUAAAGGUAGAAGCCUCUGAAGAUCUAUUGAGGCCGAUUAAAGUGGGACAGUCUUCGUCUCUAAAAGUUGGGCAGCAAUGUCUAGCAAUUGGAAAUCCAUUUGGCUUCGAUCACACUCUCACGGUUGGGGUUAUCAGUGGAUUGAACAGAGAUAUUUUUAGUCAAACUGGAGUCACAAUUGGCGGUGGAAUUCAAACAGAUGCCGCGAUCAAUCCAGGAAACAGUGGAGGACCUUUACUGGAUUCUAAAGGAAACUUAAUUGGGAUCAAUACGGCUAUAUUUACACAAACAGGGACAUCGGCGGGUGUUGGGUUCGCCAUCCCUUCAACAACAGUGCUCAAGAUUGUACCUCAACUGAUCCAAUUUGGCAAAGUUGUUCGAGCUGGUUUGAAUCUGGAUAUUGCUCCUGACUUGGUUGCGAAUCAACUUAAUGUUCGAAAUGGAGCCCUUGUUCUACAGGUUCCUGCAAAUAGCCUUGCAGCCAAAGCUGGGAUACUUCCCACCACAAGGGGUUUUGCUGGUAAUAUUGUAUUAGGAGAUAUCAUUGUAGCUGUUGGAAACAAUCCCGUUAAAAGCAAAGCAGAGCUAGACAAAACCUUGGAUGACUAUAAUGUUGGGGAUAAAGUGAUCUUAAAAAUUCAAAGGGGCAAUGAAAACUUGGAACUCCCCAUUAUUCUAGAGGAGAAGACUUCAUGAUGGAAUCUGCAAUUUUUUACUUUUUUUUUUUUUUUAA